UUGCCUUUACACGGAUUUCGACAAGCAACAGCUAAAAUUGUACUGACAUUGAUGGAAGGAUACCUUGACAAGGGUCACUUAUUAGCAAUGGACAACUUUUACAAUAAUGUAAAAUUAACUCGAUUUUUAAAAUCAAGAAAAACUGACGUCGUAGGUACUCUCAACCGCUGUAGAGUAGAUAACCCACCAGCUAUUAAAAAUCUCAAUGAUAGACUUGGCGACCUCGUAGGAUUUCAUUGUGGUGAUGUAACUGUUAUGGCGUGGAAAGAUGUGAAACUCGUUACAGCGAUAUCAACGUUUCAUAAUAUAGACACUGAGGCGGGAACAAGAGCUGGUGAAACAUAUCAAAGGCCUCUCGCUAUUCAUACUUAUAAUACAACUAUGGGUGGCGUGGAUCUAAAGGAUGAGCUUUUAUCUAUGUAUUCAAUCGAACGUAAAAGAGGAACAAAAUGGUAUAUAAAACUAUUUAAGAGUAUUAUUAACAUAUCUGUUUUGAAUAGUUAUAUUAUCCACCGUGCGAAUUCCCGCAGUUCCAACCGAAAAUCUUACACACACAGAAAGUUUCGUUACGUUUUAGCCACAGAGCUGGCCCAACAGCUAAACCUGUCUUACCAUACUACAACUGCUCAUGAGAAUCCAAUUGAUUCAUCCCGAUUGGAUCGAAUUGACCAUUGGCCAGGACAAGUAGAAUCAACGGAACGUACUAACAAAUCUAAAGUACGGUUCAAGAGAGGACGCUGCGUCCAAUGUCUUAAAAAUAACAAACAUUACCAUACAAUUCAAAAUGUCUAA